AUAGCUUUAAUGAAUGAUAUGGCGUGUUGCAUCUUCUUUACGUUGUUUUAACUUUCUAGAAACGAGUAGUUUUUUUGUGAUUGAAUAUCUUAAGUUUUUUUGUUUAAAAUUUUCGUAAAAUGGCCUCGAAAGACGAGAAAAAGGAGCCGAACCCGCCGAAAAGCAACGCGAAGCCUUACGGCCGCGUGUUGCUCACGUUGAAAAAUCAACUUUUGCCCGAGGACAAGUUGACGAUCACGCCGUCCCAAAAUGACGGGCUCAGUUUAGACGCGGAAACGGAUUUACGAAUUUAUGGCUGCGAGCUCAUUCAGACGGCCGGGAUUUUACUUAAAUUACCUCAGGUUGCAAUGGCCACCGGACAAGUUUUGUUGCAAAGGUUCUAUUAUACGAAAAGUCUGGUACGGCACCCUGUGGAGCACACGGCCAUGGCAUGUGUGUGCCUAGCCUCAAAAAUUGAGGAGGCCCCAAGGAGGGCGAGAGACAUUAUCAAUGUGUUUACCCACAUUCGACAAGUGAAUUCUGGAGAUCCUAUACAUCCGGUGGUUUUGGACCAGAACUAUAUACACUUGAAAAAUUUAGUUAUCAAGGCGGAGCGGAGGGUGCUGAAGGAGCUUGGAUUUUGUGUACACAUUAAACAUCCCCAUAAGAUUAUCGUAAUGUAUCUUCAAGUACUCAAUUUCCAAAACAACCAAAAACUCAUGCAGUACUCCUGGAACUAUAUGAAUGAUUCCCUUAGGACUGACGUAUUCGUAAGAUACCAACCGGAAACAGUGGCGUGCGCCUGCAUCUACCUCACGGCGAGAAAACUGAAACUACCCCUACCGAAAAACCCCCAUUGGUUUACGUUCUUCGGCGCCACCGAGAAGGAAAUUCGGGAUAUUUGCAUUAGGAUAUUAAAAUUGUAUAGUAGACCAAAGCCGAACAUAGACGACCUGGAAAAGCAAGUGGAGGAUUUAUGCGAAAAGUAUAAAAACCAGAGGGCCAAAGCCAAAGGGAUCAGCGGCAAUAAUUCGCCCAAUAAUAAUUCCCAAGAUCCCCAAAAGACUUCCGCUCAUAACGCUUGGGGAGGAUUUAUUAGUCGUUCCGGUAGCCAUAUGCCUCCCCCGGUAAAUGACAAACGAUCACGCUCCAGAUCGCAAACCCGAUCCCCGGACAGGAGACACGCCAGUAAAAAGGCGAAAAAAUACAGAGCAGACCGAUCCAGAACCAGAUCGCCCAAAAACCAUAAGAAGAAUCACAAAAGAAAAAGCUACUCUAGAUCAAGGAGCGAUUCUCCUAGAAAAUCGAGAAAAACUCGGGAUAGAAAGAGAAGUAGAUCGUACAGUAACGAUCGCGACAGUAAAAACGAUCGUUACAUCGACAGAUACGACGAUCGCAACGACAAGGACAAAAAAUAUAGCACUAAAGAUAAAUACAAAGAAGACAGAGAUAGAGACGGUCGGCACGAAGACCGAAGGGACUCGAAGAAGUACGAGAGAGAGCGAGAGGAGAAAAACAAAGAGGAUAAGUAUGCUAGGGAGGACAAGUACUCGUCGAAGGAUGACAGUAAGGAGAAAUACGCGUCAAAAGAGGAAAAGCACAAAAAGUCGAAGCACCGAGAGAGAUCGAAGAGCAGAUCGAAAGAUAAAAGGAGACGGAGUUAAUUUUAAGAGAGGGCUACUUUUUUUUAGGUAUCAUAUAUUAAGAUAAGAUGUUUAUAAUAUCGUGAGUUGUACAUAGUCUUUGGAAUUAAAUUAUAUUUUGUCUUAAAGUUUUA